CACCUACUGAAAACAAAAAUGGUAGCGAACAUAAUGCCCUAUCCCUGCCCUGCUUUAAUAGCACGCCAAAUGUCUGCGUUCUCUAGGCUUCCUUCUACCAUGUAUUCCCCUCCGACUGAUAUAUCUAAUUUCGCUGUGAACAGAGGAAAUCGCACACCAGUAGCAGACUCUGUUUCGCGUGCGAAAUAAGCGCGGGGCCGCGCGUAUAUAACCAAAACACAAGAUAAUUGUUAGGUUUUGCGCAAACGGGUAAUGACAGAUACAGCAUACACAAUGAAGCUGGAAGCUGAAAUGGCUGCUCCUUUGCAUCUGCAAAGAUUAGAACGCAGCCUCAAUAUGCAGCCUUUCUUAAAACAAAUUAGUGAUCUCUUUCAAGAACAAGUUAGUGAAGAUGACAAGUCUGUUUCAUCAGAAUCUUCUGAUGGUUCAGAUGCUUAUCUAGAUAAUGUACUCACUCAGAAAGAAGAAGCAAGAAUCAAUAAGAUGAGAUUAUACAACAUGUCUAGUGUGGGAGAAGAACGGCGUUGGUUACAAGAUAUUCUGUUAAGCGAUUCUUCUGAUAGUUCCGCAUCAGGUUCUGAUACAGAUAGCCAAAUUACAGAGGAUGACUUUCAAGAAAUGUUAAAAUUCCACAUACUACGAAAAAAAUAUCAAGGACGUUUUUACCAGAAACCAGAAAAUAUACAAUAUCAAUAUUAUAGUGCAGGAUUAUUAUCGAAUUAUGAUAGAUUUUUAGAACAUCAAAAGUUGAUUGUAGGGAAUAAAAAGAAAAAAGAGAAAAAGCCAGAAAAGAAAAUCAUGAGAAUCAAGAAAGAAAAAAUCAAUCGUCAUUGUGCAUCUGAAGAAUAUCGUAAAGGAAAUUAUCCAGAAGGAGAAUGGGGUAAAUCAAUUCCUAAGGAAGAAGAAUUAGAUGAAUCUGAAUUAGAAGCUAUAAUGCGCCAUCAACCUCGUGGAAGAGGAAGAAAAAAACAUAAUACUAAAAGUGUAGAAGUAAUGACAAUGAGAAGAAGAAAGAUAUGGGUCAUGAUGUCUAAGAAAGAAUUAGGAAAAGUACAAAGGGCUAAAACCAAUAAUCAUAAGGAAAUGCUAAUAAGUUGUAAAAAAGUAGCACAGCAUUGUAUGAAAUAUUGGAGGCAAAAAGCCAUGCAGUCUCAAAAAAAUAUGAAAGAAACUAUUUGGAGAGCAAAACGAUUGACAAGAGAAAUGCAAUCUUAUUGGAAACGUUAUGAUCGAGUAGAACGGGAAACGAGGAAAAGAUUAGAAAAGGAAGCUGAAGAACAACGUAAAAUGGAUGUAGAACUUAUUGAAGCAAAGCGUCAACAAAGAAAAUUAAAUUUUCUUAUUACUCAAACAGAACUGUAUGCACAUUUCAUGUCACGAAAAAUAAAUAAAACAUCGGCAGAAGAACAAUUGAGGAUCUUGAAUCAAUUAGAUGAAGAAAAAAAUCCUAGACUUAUUGGCAUUGAUGAUUACGACAGUGAAAUCAUGAAACAAAAAGCAAAGAAAAAUGCUACUGAGGCAUUUAAUAAUGAAAAAGCAAGGACCAAACAGUUUGAUACAGCUGCUGCAUCUCAAGAAUUGCGUCUCAGUGAUACACCUGAAAACUUGGAGCAUCCUCAACCUUCAAUUUUCAAGGGAAAUUUGAAGGGUUAUCAAUUAAAAGGAAUGAAUUGGUUGGCAAAUUUGUACGACCAGGGUAUUAGCGGCAUACUAGCUGAUGAGAUGGGUUUAGGAAAAACUGUACAGUCUAUAGCGUUUUUGUGUCACGUUGCCGAAAGAUAUUCCGUUUGGGGACCAUUUUUAAUUAUAUCACCUGCUUCAACAUUACAUAAUUGGCAACAAGAAAUGGCAAGAUUUGUACCAGUGUUUAAGGUAGUUCCAUAUUGGGGUAAUCCUCAGGAACGCAAAAUACUGAGACAGUUUUGGGACACUAAAGAUUUGCAUACGAAAGAAGCUUCUUUCCAUGUAGUAAUAACAAGUUAUCAAUUAGUGAUUACAGAUUAUAAAUAUUUCAAUAGAAUAAAAUGGCAGUAUAUGAUUUUGGAUGAAGCGCAAGCUAUAAAAAGCACAAGCAGCAUGAGAUGGAAGUUAUUGUUAGGAUUCAGUUGUCGUAAUAGAUUAUUGCUCAGUGGUACUCCUAUACAAAAUAGUAUGGCAGAAUUAUGGGCAUUAUUACACUUUAUUAUGCCUACAUUAUUUGAUUCACAUGAUGAAUUUAAUGAAUGGUUCUCUAAAGAUAUUGAAAGUCAUGCGGAAAAUAAAACAGGAAUAGAUGAAAAACACUUAUCAAGACUUCAUAUGAUUUUGAAACCGUUCAUGUUACGAAGAAUAAAAAAGGAUGUAGAGAAUGAGUUAUCUGAUAAGAUUGAAGUAAUGGUAUAUUGUCCACUUACAACUCGUCAAAAACUGCUUUACUCAGCAUUGAAGAAAAAGAUUCGAGUAGAAGAUUUACUGCAUUACACAGUAGGGGGAGGAGACACUACUUCGAAUGAUAAAAAUUUUACUUCCAAUCUGAUGAAUCUAGUCAUGCAGUUCCGAAAGGUCUGUAAUCAUCCAGAACUCUUUGAACGUAGGGAUGCUAGAUCGCCGUUUUUCAUGAACACAGAAUUUUAUAAUAUGCCUGCCUUGUUAUAUAACGAAGGACUCUUACAUUUAGCAUUGCCAUCCAAAGAUCACUUGUUGUAUAACAAAUUGUUUAUAUUUACUGCAGAAUAUAUUCACCGUGCUCUUCAUUGCAACGAAAAUUUGUGCGAAAAUGCAUUUUCAUUUAGCAGAUUUAUUAAUUUAUCUCCAAUGGAAAUAAACAAAAUGUUUAUCACUGGUACCUUAUUUAGAUUAUAUCUUGUAACACUCAUGGAGCGAAGAUUGAAAAUGAUACAAUACUGGGAAGAUUGGUGUGUUGGUCAUAGAUCGAGAAUACCUACAAAUCAAAUGUUUUAUUCGCCUAGAAAAAUUGACUCCUUGUCGGCGACGUUGCAAGAUAUAUUUUUUACAAGAAAAAUAAUUGAGGGCGACGCUUUUUACAUACAUUCUACCCAUACGAUACAUUCAAUGCCAGAAACGGUUGCUCACAGAAUACUACGUAGCAGUAAGAAAGCCAAUCAAUUACCAAAGUUACAAAGAAUACUUCCCACUGGCAAAACGGAACAAUUGGAAGAUUCGAAAUUGUUUCUAUUACCUGAACAUCCCCAUCAUCCACGGCAACCUAUAAUGCGAUAUUGCCAGCAAACAACGAUUCCUGCCUUCGUUUGCGAUAAUAAUCCCAAGGUUCAAGCUAGUCCACGAAAAUUAUAUGUAAGUAAUAGUUCUGCAGCAUGUGCCUGGAAGAGGCACGAAGAAUGCGGUGGUCCAUUUGGUCAAAGAUUACUUUGGCUCGGCUGUGAACGAGCACUUUCUGAAAAGAAAUUAUGCAUUCGUGCCGGUCAAACAAUGUCAACUUUUUGCUAUCAACCGCAAGGUGGAUUAUCCGCAUGUGCUCCUCUUAACGGAUGGUCACAUAUCAUUGUGCCAGAUAAGCAAACAUUAGUAACAGAUGCGGGCAAGCUUUCUGUAUUAGAUAGUCUUUUACGGCGUUUGAAGGAACAAGGUCAUAGGGUGUUGAUAUACUCUCAAAUGACAAAAAUGAUCGAUUUGCUCGAGGAAUACAUGUAUCAUAGAAAGCAUACAUUUAUGAGAUUAGAUGGUUCCUCGAAAAUUUCGGAUCGACGGGACAUGGUAGCAGAUUUUCAAAAGAGAGCGGACAUAUUCGUCUUUCUACUCAGCACUAGAGCUGGCGGCCUGGGAAUCAACCUCACCGCGGCAGACACGGUAAUAUUUUAUGAUAGUGAUUGGAAUCCCACUGUAGAUCAACAAGCUAUGGAUCGCGCCCACAGACUGGGGCAAACCAAGCAAGUCACGGUCUACCGAUUAAUAUGUAAAGGAACUAUCGAGGAACGAAUUUUGCAGAGAGCACGCGAGAAGAGCGAGAUACAACGUAUGGUCAUAAGUGGCGGAAACUUUAAACCCGAUACUCUAAAACCAAAGGAAGUCGUGUCACUGCUACUGGAUGACGAGGAAAUUGAAGCGAAAUAUAGCCAACGAAGCGAGGAGAGAAAGCAGCAACGAGUAGAGGAGGUUCGCCUCGAGUCGAACCUACAGCAUAAGGAGAGAGACCGGAAGAGGAAGUUAACCGCGCUUCCGGUCAAGAACGAUGCGAAGAAACCGUGUCAUGCAGACGCUAAUGGCGACAAAAACAACGAUACCGUUCAAGUUAAUCUUAAUGAGCCUAAACCGGCCGUCAAUCCGAUUCAGUUGCAGAACAAUCACCAUCAACAGCAGUUAGAAAAUAUAGAUAAUUAUAGCACGCCAACAAGUCCGGCCAAGUCAGAAGAUGAAACGAGCAAUGAAGGACUCGUGGUUGAUGUAGAUGGCCCAGUAGCAGUUUCUGGUGGCGAUCACCCUCAUGGACAUUCCCGAGGCAAUUUCCAUCAAUUUGGAGAAUCUUCGACAAAGGUCGCUCGACUCGGCCAUCACUUCGCCUUCGGCGUAGGUGCUAGCGCACGUAUGCGACAAUCCGUACGCGGCGCAAGCAAGCGGGGCCGACCACGAGGUUCACGUAGGGGUGGUCCGAUCGGCGGUAAAGGAAGAGGAAUGCUUUUAAUGCAUCCGUCGAAAGGCUCUAAUGCAGUAGCCACCGAAUCGCUGUCGACUAUAUCGCCGACCGAUGGGGGUGGAUCUUCGAACGAGCAGACAUUGCAGCACGGGACUGUCCAUGCGACCGCCGAUCCUACCGAUGGAGACGGUCCCAGCACAGUGGGUCCACUGGGUCCAGUGGGAACUCUGAUACCACUGUCCGGACGCGGCAGCAUCGCAGGGAUUCGUCGAGGUCCCGGCAGACCUCGCCUACGGCCGACCGGGCCUGGGCAUCAGGGCUACCGCACUUCCGGUCAACAUCACGGCAAGAAGAUCCAGCGACCGCUACCAGUACCCAUCAGAUCCCAUCAGACGAUCGGACAGCAGAAAGCAUCGUCGUCGCAUCAGCGUUCCCGUGUCUCGACGACUGGUCCGUCGUCGUCAUCGUCAUCAUCGUCCUCAGUCGCCAUCGCGGCCGCGAAUUCGACGCUAUUAUCGUCGUCGUCCUUGGCGGAAUCACGACCGUUUGGAUUCUAUACACAGCAACAGCCGCGCGCAGGGUCGUCGUAGUUUCGCGAAUGAUUCGGUUUUAAGUUGUUUUUGAAUGCGACAACCUUCAAUUCCCCGUGUCAUUUUGACGAAUUAAUUAUUCCUUUCGAAUGUGAAUUAAUAGGCGUUUCUUUCUUCUCUCUGAAUCGCUCGAGUUUAUGCGUGCUAUAUCGCUAUGUCUCAGCACUUUUGAAACACUUUCAGAAUCGAUUACAACAUUGCGUAUUUAUUGUGUAUCGUGAUAAUUUAUCCUGUCGGUCAGUGAUGUUUCCGUACGCGCGACUUAAGCGUGCAAUACCGUUAAAAGUUAGAUUUCCGCUCAUUUCUUUCUCCCUUUCUCUUUCUCUCACUCUUCUCAUUGUAAAUUGUAAUUAAACCGUGAAAGGAAGCAGUCUUGACAAUAUCUAGGAUUCGUUAUAAUUAUGAUCGCACUGCAAUUGUUGUAUUUAUUUUGUUCAUUUAUAGCGCAGGGUUCACGAGAUAUUAUGUAUCUCAUUGAAUAUUAAAAACGUGAAUACUCCCUCCGUCUUUUGCCAACCUACGGUUGGCAGCAGUCGGGAAUAAAAAGACAACAUCGACAUAACUUCGUACUUAAUUCGAUGCUUGCCUUUUUCCUUUUUGAACUUUGCUUUCUUGGAUUUAAAUUCUUGUCAAAUGCUUAAUCAUUCGUCGGGAUUGAAGAGGACGAGUUCCGUUAUAUCGAUUCGAUUCCACCUGUGUGGUACAUGUGUAGAAAUUUUGAUUUUAUUGUUAAGUAUACUACAAUUAUAGGUAAUCGACAUGACGCGUCGUUGCGUGCAUGGCGACGCCGAAUUUCGACGGCGAAAAAGAUCAUCGACAGAUCAAAUUCUCGGCAACUUCGUCGACGAAAAAGAGGAAGAGUGCCAUUCAACAUGGUCUAUCUCUUCCGAGUCGAUCGCUCUCUCGGCGUCAUUGUACAUUGUCAUUAAGGAUAGCAUUAUUCCGUCAUUAGACUCGGCUAGCCGAUAUUUUUUAUGUAUGUUACGAGACGUCAUUAGGCCAAUUCAAUUUGUAAAAGAAUAGUAUUUAUAUUAGCAAUAAACACAGACAAAAAUUCAAUCUUCA